AUGGUGACCCUGUUUCUCAUCUCCUUGGUCAGCUGUCUUGUUGCUGUGAAUCAAGCCAGCCUCAUCAACCGAUGUGACUUGGCCAAGGUGCUGCACCAGGAAGACUUGGAUGGCUUUGAGGGCUACUCCCUGAGUGACUGGCUGUGCCUGGCUUUCGUGGAAAGUGACUUCAACAUAACAAAGAUAAAUGAAAAUACAGAUGGCAGCUUUGACUAUGGCAUCUUCCAGAUCAACAGCCACUACUGGUGCAACGAUUACAAGAGUCACACAGAAAACAUUUGCCAAGUGGACUGUCAAGAACUGCUGAGCUCCAAUCUUCUUUCAAUCAUCAACUGUGCGAAAAAGAUUGUGUCCGGAGCAGGGGGGUUGAAGAACUGGGUAAAAUGGAGGUUGCACUGUGAAGGCCGGCCACUCUCCUACUGGAUGACAGGAUGCCACCUGGCAUGAGACAGGGAGCAGACCUGUGGUGGAGUCAUUCCAGAACUCCUCUCCUCACUUGAGAAUUCUUCAUUUCUUCUUCCUCUUGCCUCCACUUCAAGUUAUUUUCUUCCUUUCCCAUUUGCAAAUAAAACUGACCAGAGUCCCAGGAAUAAAUGGUUUUCUAGGGCUUCCUCCUUGUUCCUAUCCAGGCCCAGGCCCCUGG